CAACGCUUAAAAAGGAGAUGGUGGAUCCGGCCAGUAAACCUUGCGAGGAAACGGCUUGGAUUUCAUGGAGUUAGCUUCGCUCUACUAAAGCUGAGAGAGGAAGAACAUUUCUUUAAGGCCACGAGAAUGACUGAGCCUAAGUUCAAUGUCCUUCUUAAUUUACUUAGAGAAAAGUUGCAAAGGUUUUCCAGAAGAGAGCCAAUAGACGAAGAGACCCGUUUGGGUAUGACGUUGAUAUACUUAUCACAAGGAUGUAGCCCACAAUUUUUGGCAUUCUCUUAUAAAAUGGGAGUCUCAACAGUAAGGAAAACCAUUUACGAAACCUGUGAUGCGAUUUGGAAUGAGCUGCAUGCAAUUUAUGUUGCACAACCAAGUUUAACAGAGUGGAAAAACAUUGCCAACGGAUUUUACAUGAAAAGUGGUAUGCCCCAUUGCCUCGGAGCAGUUGAUGGCAAGCAUGUCAACAUAAUUUGCCCGAAGCGCAGUGGCUCCUUAUACUACAACUACAAAAAAACUUUCAGUAUAGUCCUAAUGGCAGCGUGCGAUGCUGAUUACUCCUAUACCUUCGUUGAUGUCGGUGCAUUGGGAAGUCAAAGUGACGGUGGAGUUUUCGCUCAUAGGGCUUUUGGGAAUAUGAUAUUGAGAAACAACAUCAUGCUACCUCCAGAUGAUAGCCUGCCUGGUUCAGAUAGAAACUUUCCAUAUUUUUUUGUGGGAGACAACGCGUUCCCUCUGAAACGCAAUCUAAUGCGCCCAUAUCCUGGACGCAAUUUGCCAACCACGAAACUAAAUUUUAAUAAGAAGUUAUCAUCCGCUCGAGUCCAUAUUGAAAAUGCAUUUGGAAUUCCCGCAAACAGAUGGAGAAUACUUCAUACCACCCCUCAAGUAGCUCCAAACAAUGUUGAUAAGAUAGUAUUGGCCACGGUAGUUCUCCACAACUAUUUGAUGUUAGACAGAAGCAGCGGCUACUUCAGUGAAAAUUUAGUGGAUCGCGUAGAAGAUGGCGUUUUUAUUCCAGGAACAUGGAGGCAAUCAACUACAGACUUGAGACCCAUUCGCAUUUCCCAGGCUAAUCGCUCAUCGGCGGAGGCAUUUGCAUUAAGAGAAGAACUGGCAGAUUAG